GGGAGCGGUGGGGGUUGGGCUUCUGGGCCAGCCCGCUUCCUCGCGGGAAGGGUCCACGCGGCCCCUGGAGCUGGGCCCUGUGGACUCUUCCCCGCCGGGAGGGACAUGGCUCCGUCCCCGCGUAGCCGAGGAGCCCGGCCCCGGAUAUUCACCCCAAAAGGGGGGGCGGGUGAGAAGUCAGGCAGCUCGCGGAACCCCCAAGCCCGGGGGGAGGGGUCUCCUCAAUUCCUGCACCGGGGGAAGCCAACCGUUGCUUUGUGUGGCCACUUCCGGGAAACCCCCGUCUGGUGGAGCUCUGUCCCGGCCUACCCGGCUGCGUGCUCUUGAUAACGCUGAGCCUCCGUUGUCGGCAGUGAAGUUUGCCUGCCCAUAGUCGCAUGGGGUCUGACUGUGUGAACGCUGAAUGUUGUGGGACCUGUACGCUCAAAGCCCUCUGCGGAUCGUACUAGUCCCUUAGCAUCUCUGUUUCACGAGUGGGGAAACUGAGACAAGAAGGUAAAACGUCUUUCUUGAGGCUAUAGAGUCCUAGGCAAAGCCUUCGGCAUGCCCUGGACUCCAUCUCUCUUUGUAGAAGGCUGUGCCAGAGUCUGUUUUAUUUUUUGAGAUUAAGAUGUUGUGUCUUGCCUUGAUGGCUGUGAAGGUAACCAUAGAAUGUGAAUCAAGUGUAAGGUGAUAGCAUUGUUGUCCUGACUGCAACAAUAUGACUGAGAAAUGUUAAUUCCCUAUGCAUCUUAAUGGGUUAUCUACUCAAAACCUAAAUAUGGCAGUACAAAUGUCAGCAUUGUCAGCUAUUUGCUGAUUAUGUUAGCAGACAUCAAUUUUACAUUCUUUACCCACAGUCUCAAACCAGUUUGCAUACCCAGGUGCCAAAAGUUCCAACUCUUCCUUUCCAGUUUCCUGACCCUUCAGUUUCCCUGACAUCUACAAAGCAGUUAAAAUUGUCAAUACAAAAAUCUGUGGCAUAGCAAAAAUGGGACAGUGUAAAAUAAAUGUAGUGGUCUGUAGAUUAAAUAUUUUGAUAGCCAAACCUGGGAAGUCAUGGGUGGUGUGUGCGCGAAGAAGCAGAUAGUUCAUGAGGGAAUAUUUCAGUGUUCUGCAGAGCAGAAAAAGUUGGCGAAUUAUUAGUCUAUUUACUGUACCACACCCGCUCUGUUUACAUGUCCUCUACAGAAAUGAAAUAUUACUACACAUACUUGAAAUUGCUAUUUUUGUGAAAAUCAGAUCUAAUUGUUCGGUUUGGUACCCACAUGCACUAAAAUAUCACCAGGUGUGAAUUAAAAUCAGUGUAGGUGUUUUGGUGCAAGGGUAUGCGGACCAGCCCAUACAAUGUAUUUCAUACUGUUCUUGGUGAAACCUCACUGUUAGUACUAAAUAGAAGCUUUUUCUUUCCUCAUACUUUGAAGAAUCAAGGGCCACACCUAAGAUAACGCACAAGGCUAUACAUUAGGUGUUUGCCUUUAGCACCAAAGUACUUUCAUUAUGCAUUGUAUAGGUUGCCUGUUGCCAUUUGGCUUUUUUUUAAAUCAGUAAUCUCGAUUAAAAAUUAGCAUGAAACAAUCUUGUAUGUCUUGCCUGGUAAUAACUAAAACUUUUACUGCCACUUUUUUUAAGGAUCUCCAAAGUACUUCACAAAGAUAGGUAUUAUCCAACUACCACAGAUGGGAAGAGGUUGACGCAUCACUUCUAGCACUUGAAUCCCGCCAAGAAGAGAUCUUAAAACGCUUGUAUGAACUUAAAACUGCUGUCGAUGGGCUCUCAAAGAUGAUACAAACACCAGAUGCUGACUUUGAUGUAACUAAUAUAAUUCAAGCUGAUGAAUAUGCUCCUUUGACUGCAAACGCAGCAGACUUAGAUUCAAUGCUUGGGAAGGAUUAUGGUGCUCUGAAAGAUAUUGUGAUCAAUGCAAACCCUUUUCAACCUCCAUUGUCACUGCUAGUACUGCACAGUCUGCUGUGUGAGCGUUAUAAGAUUUUAUCAGCUGUUCAUACACACUCAUCAGUGAAAUGUGUGCCAGAAAACCUCUUGAAAUGCUUCGGUGAGCAGACUAGGAAACAAUCACGUCACGAGUAUCAGUUGGGCUUCACUCUCAUUUGGAAGAAUGUUCCCAAGCCCCAGAUGAAGUUCAGCAUUCAAACCAUGUGUCCCAUUGAAGGAGAAGGAAAUAUUGCUAGAUUUUUGUUCUCCUUAUUUGGCCAGAAGCAUAAUGCAGUCACUUCAACUCUGAUAGACAGUUGGGUGGAUACAGCCAUCUUCCAGCUGAAGGAAGGUAGCAAUAAAGAAAAAGCAGCAGUCUUACGCUCCAUGAACACCACCCUUGGCAAGACACCCUGGCUGGGGGGAAACGAACUCACUGUAGCAGACAUUGUGGCGUGGUGUGCACUUCAGCAGACAAGUAGCUCUAAUGCCGUUCCAGCCAACGUACAGAAAUGGAUGAAGUCUUGUGAGAAUUUGGCACCUUUCAACAGUGCCCUUAAACUAUUAAAAUGAAUAUGCACUCUUCCACGGGGGAUUCUGUAGUUUUAUUCCACCUCAUGACUGUUGUGGUGGUUGUGAAAGUCUCUUCUAAAAUGUAUUUUAAUAAGAUUGUGGACUGAAGUCUUUUAACAUCAAUUGUAAAAUCUUAUACCAAUAAAGACAUUACAGUUGCCUU